CUUCCUCUCCCGGCCUGCGCGCGCGUGUCUUCUUCCAGCACGCGCCACCGCAAGCCAGGCACUCUCGCCGGAGAGUCUGGCCCGCGCGUUCCUUUUCCCCUCCGGCUGCGGAGCCGACGGGAUUUCUGCACCGCCGUCGCUGGCAGCAGCUGCAGCCCCGGCAGCCUCGAGUGGGCGGGAGCAGCGCGCGAUCCCCCCAGGCGGACCGUACCACCGCCGCCAGCUCGCGGGGGGGAACCGCCCGCCCCGCCACACACGCCUCGGCGACCCAGCCGGGGCUGAGGCGUCGCGCGCCCGAGAGCGUGAGCGCAGAGCCGGCCUCGACCCCGAGCUCGGAGUCCCGCGGGCCGCGCCCGCCGCUGGCCCCCACCCAUCCGGGCCGUGGAGGCUGCGGCCAUGGCCGAGACGGAGGAGCGAAGCCUAGAAUAACUUCUUCGCCAAGAGGGACAAGAAGAAAAGAAGGAGCGGAGCAGCCGGGCGGCGAACGCCGCGGGAGCGGCGGGCGGCGCCGGCGGGAGAAGCGGAGGCGGCGCGGCGAGCGGCGGGGCGGGAGCGGGGGACCGGCCUGGCGACGGCGGGACCGCAGGCGCGGGGGCCGCGGGCCCCGGGGCCGCCACCAAGGCCGUGACUAAGGAUGAAGAUGAGUGGAAAGAAUUUGCAAAAGAGGUUGAUUACAGCGGCCUCAGAGUUCAGGCGAUGCAAAUAAGUGAAAAGGAAGAAGAAGAUAAUGAAAAAAGAGAAGAUCCAUGUGACAAUUGGGAAGAAGGUGGAGGUGGUGGUGGUGGUGUCGAAAAAUCUUCCGGCCCCUGGAAUAAAACCGCUCCGGUACAGGCACCUCCUGCUGCAGUAAUUGUUACAGAAACCCCAGAACCAGCGAUGACUAGCGGUGUGUAUAGGCCCCCUGGAGCCAGGUUAACCACAACAAGGAAAACACCGCAAGGCCCACCAGAAAUCUACAGUGACACACAGUUCCCGUCCCUGCAGUCCACUGCCAAGCAUGUAGAAAGCCGGAAGGAUAAAGAAAUGGAGAAGAGCUUUGAAGUAGUAAGACACAAAACUAGAGGUAGGGAUGAGGUUUCAAAAAACCAGGCCCUUAAACUUCAGCUAGACAACCAGUAUGCUGUGCUUGAAAAUCAGAAAAGCAGCCACACACAGUACAAUUAAGGAAUGGUCUUUGCUAACCCUUCUAAGGUAACUAGACCACAGCUAACCACCAGGAACAGCCAUUCAUCAUCUGAUCUCUGCUGGACCCGCGGCGAUGCAGACCACUCGAUAUAAGUGACCGUCCCUAUUGCACUAUGGAAGCAUAAGUGUCACACUGCUCUUUGUGUUGUAUUGGUGUAGGGGGAGUCUCAUUGUUCUAUAAAUGCGUGAACUAGAUUCAGCAGUGUUCUUUCGUUAUUACUCUGCAAGUACAAAAACAAACUGCAGCCAGUGGUCAUUUCAAAAUCUUUUUAUGUUCAGAUACUGAGCCUUCGUAAGGGCUGACUACCUCAGGUUUGCUGCACUCGUCGCGGACUUCUUGUGGAUCACAACUUCUGGACACGAAGGUUACAGCUAGUAAGUGUCGGUGUGAAGCUUGAAAUCAGCUCUCCUGGAUUCCUAUCAAAUCCUGCAGAAAGUCAGCCAUCUCGGUUCUGAUCUGCUGUAAAAGAUGAAGAUUUA